AUGAAUCGGCUUAAACAGCUGGCCAUUUACAGCGCAGUUGGCGUCGCGGGCACCUUCAUUUCACUUGCGACGAUGAUGCUUUCCUUCCCGAUCUUUGCGAUGCAGAAGCUGCGGCGACACAUGGCAGCAUCGCCCCACGAUAUCCGAGAUAUACUGAACUUGAUUGUCGACUCGUACUGCUUUCGUGCAAAGGAUAUAAAUAAGAUGGACUUUUUCAAGCUGCGGCUUGAUCGGCUACUGGAAAAUGCCCACGAGCGUCUCAAGACAAUGGAGUCGCUGCUAAGUGACUGCUGGUGGGAAGAGCUUGUGGGGUUUGGCGUCUGCUUCCAUUUCAACAAGACCAUCGCUAAUCAUCUUGUAAGGUUGUACGCAAAGCUCCUUACAGACCUGCAUGCAAUGAAAUUCGCGAUCGAGGCGGAGACUUGCCACUGGACGCAUGUCGUGCUGCUCAAGAAGUUACAGACGCGAUUCUACGUGCUACAGGUUGAAGCAAAUGAUUUUCUUGAAUAUCUCGCUCUAGAAUGA